AUGGUGGCCGGGGCGGAGCGAUUGCGGGGACGACGAGGGCAGAGAGAGAUAAACCCACUGUGAGAUCACCAGGGUAGGGGAUAAUAAAGCAGCGCAAACCCACCGUCCUGCUUUCACCGAGCACUGUUUUGCAACAUUUCAUUACUUCAUCAAAGAGAGGGAGGUCAGCCCAGGAUGAACGGCGACUCAGGUGCCGGCGUGGUGACGGCCCCCCCUCCCACCACGGCCCCCCACAAGGAGCGGUACUUCGACCGGGUGGAUGAGAGCAGCCCAGAGUACCAGAGGGAGAGAAACAUGGCACCCGACCUUCGGCAGGACUUCAACAUGAUGGAGCAGAGGAAGAGGGUCUCCAUGAUACUCCAGAGCCCGGCGUUCUGCGACGAGCUGGAGACAAUGAUCGUGGAUCAGCUGAAGAAGGGGAAGACGCCCACCAGCCUACUGGCUCUGCAGCAGAUUGCAGACUUCAUGACCACCAGCAUGCCUUCCAUGUAUCCAGCCGCCCCACAGGGAGGCAUGGCGGCGCUGAACAUGAGUUUGGGUAUGGUGACUCCGGUGAAUGAUCUGCGUGGCUCGGACUCUAUUUCCUAUGACAAGGGCGAGAAGCUGCAUCGCUGCAAGCUGGCUGCCUUUUAUCGUCUCGCUGACUUGUUUGGCUGGUCCGAGCUCAUCUUCAACCACCUCACAGUCAGGGUCUCGGACCAGGAGCGCUUCCUUAUUGUCCCUUUUGGGCUCCUGUACAGUGAAGUCACCGCCUCCAGUCUGGUGAAGGUAAAUCUUCAAGGGGAGAUAGUCGACCGGGGAAGCACCAAUCUCGGGAUCAACCUGGCCGGCUUCAACCUCCACAGUGCCAUCUACAAUGCACGGCCCGAUGUCAAGUGUAUCGUACACAUACACACAGCCGCAGGUGCUGCGGUGUCGGCUAUGAAAUGCGGCCUGUUGCCCAUCUCACCCGAGGCGCUGUCCCUGGGUGAGGUGACCUAUCACGACUACUGCGGCAUACUGGUGAACGAGGAGGAAAAUGAGAUCAUCAAGAGGGACCUCGGGCAGACUAGCAAGGUGCUCAUCCUGAGGAACCAUGGCUUGGUGUCUGUCGGCGCAACAGUGGAGGAAGCUUUCUAUUACAUGCACAAUCUGGUCGCCGCCUGUGAGAUCCAGGUGCGAACGCUGGCCAGCGCUGGAGGGCCGGAUAAUCUGGUGAUGCUGGACCCAGCCAAAUACAAGGCACGCUCGCGGGUCCCAGAGCCGGCAAGCGAAGGGUCCUCCACACACCCGAAGUGGGAAGUCGGGGAGCAGGAGUUUGAGGCUUUCAUGAGGAUGCUCGACAACUUGGGCUACAGAACCGGCUACCCUUACCGCUGCCCGGCAUUGCGUGACAAAUCUAAAAAGCACAGUGACGUGGAGAGCGCUGCCUCCACCCACGGUGGUUACUCAUACGGGGAGGACAGCGACUCAGGCGCUCGCUCCCCACUGAAACAGAGCUUCCAGCGCGGCCAGCGCGACAAGACCCGCUGGCUCAAUGCCGGCGGCCGGCCCGACGAGCCCUGCGAGGACGGGCCCGACGCCAGCAGCCCCAAGUCGAAGCCUAAGUGGACAAAGGAAGACGGACUCCGCCAGACUGCCGCAGCCAAUCAGUUCAUCCCAAUGAACACCAACCCAAAAGACGUCCUGGAAAUGAGGAAUAAGAUCCGGGAGCAGAACCUGCAGGACAUAAAGACAGCGGGGCCCCAGUCACAGGUUCUGUGUGCCAGCAGCGUGGUGGACCGCAACUUCAAUCAGGGGGAGCUAGUGACCGCUUCCAAGGCCAUCAUCGAGAAGGAGUACCAGCCCAGGGUUAUCGUCAGCAAGCAGGGUCCCAACCCCUUCAACAAACUCACCGACCAGGAGCUGGAGGAGUACCGCAAGGAGGUGGAGCAGAAACAGAAAGGGCCUGAAGACUUGGAGCAGCUCGUAGAGCCCGAGGAGGAAGAGGCCCAAAGCCAGAAACCAGCCGCCACGCCACCCAGCACCCCCGUCCAAGCAGAGGAAGAGUCCUUGCCUGAACAGACCUAUAAGGACGAGAGCGACGCCGCCACCCUGAGACAGACCCUUCCAGACUUGACACCUGAUGACCCCUCCGACGCCCCAGCACUUCCGGCCGAGGAGUCCGCUUCUCCCCCUGCCAGCGCAGACGCGGCUGAGGGGGAGGAGCCCGCUGACGCUGGCGACCAGGAGGGAGAAGAGUCUCCCAGCAAAUCGCCCUCCAAAAAGAAAAAGAAGUUCCGCACACCUUCCUUCCUAAAGAAAAACAAAAAAAAGACAGAGUCCUAGAUGGGAGAAUGUUGGAAUGGUCCUCAUGGCUGGCCUCUGCCUCUUUUCAUUUUUCGCUUUUUUUUUUGUCUGCUACCAUUGCACCCUUCGAGCAAGCCAC